AUGGAACGAAAUGUUGAUAGAUAUUUCUUUUUCCACAUCGUGAAUCAUGUCAUCAGCAUUCGUAAUUUCAAAAAUAUAAUAAUAUGUAGCAAGUUAGUUGCAAUUUUCACGGGUAAUCAGCUGCAGAUGGGAGCAGAACAAAUGGAGAAAAAAAAGUACAAGAAACCGUUUGUAGCAUUGAGCAUCACAAUGGGAAUGAAUAAAUUUUCUUCUGUGUCUUACAUCAACACCUAA